AUGAAGAUCGUCUUCCUCAUCAUUCUUUUCUCCCUCCUCCAAUCUUCUUGUAUAUCCGUCGAUACGAUCACGAGAAGACAGUCCUUGAGAGAUGGUGAUGUCAUAUUCUCUGAAGGGAAAAGAUUUGCAUUUGGAUUCUUCAGCCUUGGGGUUUCUAAGCUCCGGUAUGUCGGUAUUUGGUAUGCUCAAAUCCCUGAGCAGACUGUUGUAUGGGUUGCAAACAGAGACCGUCCUGUUAAUGACACAUCUGGUCUGAUAAAUUUCAGUAGCAGAGGAAAUCUCUGUGUCUAUGCAUCAGUGAAUGGAACAGAGUCUCUCUGGUCGACUAAUGUUUCGGAUAGAAUCUCGGAACCAACUUUAGUUGCAAGACUCUCUGAUUUAGGGAACCUUGUUCUGCUUGAUUCAGUCACAGGGAGAGGUUUCUGGGAGAGCUUUGAUCAUCCUACAGACACUUUUCUUCCGUUUAUGAAAUUGGGUUUCACACGAAAAGACGGUUUGGAUCGCUUUCUGACAUCAUGGAAAUCUCCUGGUGAUCCUGGCUCUGGAAACCGUACAUACCGGAUAGACCGUAGAGGGUCUCCGCAGCUGAUUCUGUACAAAGGUCUGACCCCGUGGUGGCGCACGGGGUCGUGGACCGGGCAGAGGUGGAGCGGUGUGCCUGAAAUGACAAGAGGGUAUAUCUUCAAUAACUCAUUUGUGAGUAAUCAGGACGAAGUAUCAUUCACUUACGGUGUGACGGAUGCUUCAGUCUUAACAAGAUUGAUGGUGAAUGAGAGAGGACACAUACAACGGUUCACAUGGAUUGCGAGGGAUAAGAGAUGGAACGAAUUCUGGUCAGUUCCUAAAGAGGAAUGUGACUACUACACACACUGUGGCGUUAACGGUCACUGCGAUCCCACUAGUUCAGAAACGUUUGAGUGCACAUGCCUACCUGGUUUUGAGCCCAAGAUUCCUCGGCAUUGGUUCUUGAGGGACUAUUCGGGCGGGUGUAGAAAGAAAAACAGAGCUUCGAUAUGCCAGCAAAACGACGGGUUUGUGAAGUUAAAACGCGCGAAGAUUCCUGACACCUCAGGCACAAGUGUGGAUAUGAAUAUAACGUUGAAGGAGUGCAAACAGAGUUGCUUGAGGAACUGCUCUUGUGUCGCUUACGCAAGCGCUUACCACGAGAGUAAAGGAGGACCAACAGGGUGCUUGACAUGGCACGGCGAUAUGUUGGAUACGAGGACAUACUUGAAUUCUGGACAAGAUUUCUACAUACGUGUAGAUGCGGAAGAGUUAGAGAGGUGGAAUAGAAAUGGCUCAUCAGGGAAGAGGAGAGUCGUUUUGAUUCUUAUCAGUUUGAUUGCAGCCGUAAUGUUACUAAUGGUCCUUUUGUUCUGUUUCGUAAAGUCGAAGAGGCAUAGAAGAUCUUCAACGACCUUCGCCCCAGUCCCAGUUUCUUUUGAUUUUGAAGAAUCAUUCAAAUUUGAAAAGGACAAGGCGAUUAACAGGGAGUUACCUCUGUUUGAGCUUAACACAAUCGCUGCAGCGACGAGUAACUUCUCUUCCCAUAACAAGCUUGGAGCAGGUGGUUUUGGACCCGUUUAUAAGGGAGUGCUACCAAACGGUAUGGAGAUAGCGGUGAAGAGGUUGUCGAAAAACUCGGGCCAAGGAAUGGAAGAGUUCAAGAACGAGGUCAAGUUGAUAUCGAAAUUGCAACAUCGAAAUCUCGUGAGGAUCUUAGGUUGUUGCGUUGAACUAGAAGAGAAGAUGUUGAUAUACGAGUACUUACCAAACAAGAGCCUAGACUAUUUCAUAUUCCACGAAGAGCAGAGAGCGGAGUUGGAUUGGCAAAAACGGAUGAAGAUAAUCUGCGGGAUUGCUCGAGGAAUCUUGUAUCUUCAUCAAGAUUCAAGACUGAGGAUCAUCCACAGAGACCUUAAGGCCAGCAAUGUGCUUCUUGACAACGAAAUGAUCCCCAAGAUUGCGGAUUUCGGCAUGGCAAGAAUCUUCGGAGGCAACCAAAUGGAAGGAAACACAAAUCGCGUCGUUGGAACAUACGGAUAUAUGUCACCUGAGUAUGCAAUGGAGGGACAGUUCUCAGUUAAAUCCGAUGUCUAUAGCUUCGGAGUAUUGAUCUUAGAGAUCAUAACCGGAAUGAAAAACAAUGCUUUCCACGAAGAAUCUUCGACACUAAUCGGACAUAUUUGGGACCUAUGGAACAAAGGUGAAGCAACAAAGAUCAUAGACACAUCAAUGGACGAAGAUACUUAUGAAAAGAGCGAAGUGUUGAAGUGCGUACAUAUUGGGUUGCUUUGCGUGCAAGAAAACGCUUCGGAUAGACCAGACAUGUCCUCUGUUGUGUUCAUGUUAGGUCAUAACGCCAUUGAUCUUCCAUCUCCCAAGCAUCCUGUGUUUACGGCGGGAAGGAACAGAGGAAGCGAAAAUGGUGCUUGGCUCAUGGGAGAAACCGGUAAUUCUGUUAAUGACGUUACCCUAACCGGCCUUCAGGGUCGUUAA